GCAAUCUAGUCGCCAGGGCAACGCUAACCUGACCGAGGAUGCCUCACGCGGACAUCUGGAUGCUUGGCAAUGCCCGUACUCCGAACGGAGGCGCACUCACGGCCGCGGGGGGCUAUUUAGGCGAGCAGUGCCCGUGUGCGCGGUUCCCAGCGUCAGCACCUCCCCUUCUCUCUCCCCCCACUCUCUCGCUCCCCUUCUCACUCCUCACACGGGACGUACAGACAGACUGUCAGAUUCUGUCACCGACAGCCGCGGUACCCAUGGACGCAACUUUGACCAUAGCAUGUGCCAGUGCCAAUGCCAGAUGGUGAGGGAGUCGGAGAAGCUACGAGGCUAGCACAGCGACGCGCGAGCAAUGGAAGAGGGAACGGGGAGCCUGGACGCCGCGAUCGCCAACGACAGCGCGGCGCCGAGGAUCGUCGACUUCCAGAACGCGUCCAGCGCCGCCGCCGCGUCCCUCUCCGGCAACCAGAGCACCAGCGAGCUGCUGUUGCUGCAUGUGGACGGGCAGGGCUACAGCCAGGAGCGUGGAUACCGGGACUUCACCAUCGCUGUGCAAGUCAUCAUCUUCGUGGGCUCUUUGUUAGGAAAUGUUAUGGUGUUGUGGUCGACGUGCCGAACUUCAGUCUUCAAGACGGUAACAAACCGCUUUAUCAAGAACCUCGCCUGCUCCAGUAUCUGUGCCAGUUUGGUGUGCGUACCCUUUGACAUCGUGCUGAGUGCCAGUCCUCACUGCUGCUGGUGGAUUUACACCUUGAUCUUCUGUAAGAUCAUCAAGUUUCUUCACAAGGUGUUCAGUUCUGUCACCGUCCUCAGCUUCACCGUCAUUGCUUUAGACAGGUAUUAUUCAGUAUUAUACCCACUGGAAAGAAAAAUAUCAGACGCCAGAUCAAGAGACCUCCUUAUUUACAUAUGGGCGCAUGCAGUUGUGGCAAGUGUUCCUGUUUUUGCUAUCACCAAUGUCACCGACAUCUAUGCAAUGUCUUUGUGCACGGAAACGUGGGACUAUUCACUGGGCCAUCUGGUGUAUGUCGUCGUCUACAACCUCACCACUGUCAUUCUACCCGUCGUUGUCGUAUUCCUCUUUAUGAUCCUCAUUCGCAGAGCGCUGAGUGCCAGCCAGAAGAAAAAAGUGAUCAUUGCAGCCUUACGAACUCCUCAGAACACCAUUUCCAUUCCGUACGUCUCACAAAGGGAGGCAGAACUGCAUUCCAUGCUGCUCUCCAUGGUCCUAACGUUCCUCCUUUGCAUUGUCCCGUAUUUGACUCUUGUGAUCUACAGGACUGUUCUCAAUAUUUCUGAUAUUUCAGUAUUUCUUCUGCUUACAGCCAUUUGGAUUCCUAAAGUUUCCUUAGUGGCCAAUCCUAUGCUUUUUCUGACGGUUAACAAAUCAGUGCGUAAGUGCCUGGUGGGCUCCAUCAUGCAGCUUCACCGACGUUACAGCCGUAGGAACAUCGUGAGCUCUGGCGGAAUUGCCGACGCCACCCUCGAGCCCAGCGUGCGGUCAGGGAGCCAGCUGCUCGAAAUGUUCAACAUUGGGCAGCAGCAGAUCUUUAAGCCUACAGAGGAAGAUGAGGAAAACGAAAGCAAAUCCACUGGAUCAGGGGAUAUCCGGCAGAAAGAGGCUCCUGCAUCAAGCUCGGAGGGCGCUCACACCUCAGUGCAGAAAUUCUCGCCUCCUUUGAACAGUGCAGACUCUGCCGCACAGGUGGCUCCAGCGAUGCCAUCGGAAACGGAAGACACCAAUGAUAAGUAUGCCACGCAAUUUGGGUUUGGCCCCUUUGAGCUGCCACCUCAGUGGCUUUCAGAGACCAGGAACAGUAAGAAAAGGCUUCUACCGCCAUUAGGGAACACGCCUGAGGAGCUCAUCCAAACCAAGCAGCCCAAGUGCAAAGCCGAGCGGAAAAUCAGCAGAAACAAUAAAGUCAGCAUCUUCCCCAAAGUGAACUCGUGAAGGGGGCCACAAGACUGAGAGACAAAAGCAAACAAGCUAGCUGGCUACUGUUGUCUUCUUCUUCUUUUUUUUUUUUUUGUUUUUUACUGGCUUUUUUUUUAUAAUGUGUUAUUUCAGAUUUGCCAAACAUUUUCACCAUUUGCACCAAUGCCAGUACUUCGGUCUGGAAAAGCUGUUUCGUGAAGACUCUAAUCAAACACACAUAAACAAUAAAAUAUAUUUGUA